AUGUUGAAAACGUGUUCCCAAGCACUCUUGCGACGUUUUGCCAAAUUCCGUGGACUUGAGUUAGGUGAAGCUCUCGUCAAAGGUUGCGAAGGUCUAAGACAACCAGCUGCAUCACCUGUGGGAGUCAGAUCUGCAGUACGACGUGCAGUAGAGGAGGUUCUCGAAUGUGACUCGAUGCUCUCCCGCCUUCUUCUGUGUGCGAGACCUGUCGCAAAAGAGAAUGGCGUCCACGCCGUCGAACAGACCACCAAGCACCAUCGGCUGGCUGACUACUCGUCGCUCGAGAUUCGCUGUGGUGUGAUACGAAAUCGACUUUCACCAUCAGCAGUUUUCCAUAUGUUUGUCAAUAAUAUUUUUAACAGAGCCUCCAUCAUAGGAGCCAUCGUAAAAGUGCUACUAAAGUCGUUCAUUGAAUCGAUACGGCUGCAAACAUAUGGAAAGUUUGCAGUAGAACAAAUACAGAUUGCUAUUAUCCUUCAACGAGGAGUGUCACCAUUGGUAGCGGAUGAGGUCAUAGUGAAUUCUAUGGUAGAUCAGGCUCUUUCCUCUGCUCUAAAGCGAUGUGUGGCUCCAGAGCUCGGUUCAUCCAACUCGACUACGGCAAAUUUGUGA